AGGUCCAUCAUAAAAAUCUAAAUUCCAAAUAUCCCAUGACCACAUUAUACUUCUAGAACAACGAGAGUAAUUAAGCUGUACCGCCUAAGCUAUACCGCCUAUACGCAUACACACAAAUGACAAGAGUAUUUAGUGUACUCUCUUUAUUAGUGUACUUUCUGUUAUUCAUCACCUCCUAUUCUAUCUUCUCUUUUCUUCUUUUAUGUUCUUUUCUUCUCUAUUCCUAACAAAAUAAGAACAGUAGUUAUGGCUUCGAUUUCACAGGGUAUUAUAGUCACAGCAGUCAUACUUGUUUCAAGCACAGUUCUUUAUUUUGCUUAUAGUUACAAUAAUAAAUGUUCUCCAUCAUCGUUCCAAAUUCCACGUGAUCAUAGUUCAAAUAACCCCACCAAACAAUUUCUACGCUCUUGCUUAUACUCAGGGGAGAAAAAAAAGAAUAAGAAGAAGAGGGUGAAAUUUGCAGAGAAUGUGAUGGUGAAAGAAAUAAGUGAAGAAAAUAAAGAAGAAGAACAAAAGAAGAAGCAAAACAGCAGAAUAAGAAAUUGCAUAAACGAAACAAAGGAGAUGCCAGCGAACAGAAUCGCUCUGUAUAACGGGAUUAUGAGAGAUCGAGGCAAUAGAAUUGCUCGUUGUCACUGAUUCUUAUACAAUUUUCCUUUAGAUUUUCGUUGUUUGAUGAUAUUUUAAUGUUAAAAGGUUUAGUUGGUUAGAUCAAAGAUAUAGUUGUAGAAGGUAGAACCUUGCAUGCAGUUAUCUCUUGAGUAUCAUUAGACAUUAGAUAAUAAUUUAGUAUUAUUUAACUA